AUGGAUGCCCCAAAACAGAGUGGAACAGGCUACCGCAGAAGACAAGUUAAUAUCGAAUAUGAUGAUGAUGAGAAAGGAGAUGUUGAAGUCAUCUCAAAUAAGGAUCUAGGGCAACUGACCUCUGAAUCCAAUAGCAAUAGUGAUAAACUCAACCGAAACCAUAUGCCAGCAUCACAACAACACUCCCUUGCAGAUGAGUCUUGCAAAAGUCAGAUUGAACUAUACGACAAUGCUUCCUUGCACCCUGAACAACCUCGAGAAGUGACUACAAGAAAUAACUCAAAUAAUCACAAAUACAACAAGAAUACUGACGGUCGCAGAUUUCGACCAGUUGAGCAUAAGUCGAUGCCCAGCAAAAAAGACUUAUUAAACGGAAAAAGUCCUUAUCAGGAGUCAGACAGGACCUUAAAAAGGAAAAAUGAUUGGGAAACAGAGCAAUUUAACAAAGCACAACAAUUGAAUCUUCAAACUGAUGAUAAAAUCCAUUUGGCUAAUAACGACGAAUACGAGUAUGUGUUUGAUGAAUCACAAUAUGUCAACUUUGACGAAAAUGAAGAGACUAUAAUAAAUGGAGAGGAAGAACAGGUUCAAGCACUCUCAAACAAACCGAAAGAUUUAGAGUCUUUGCAAAAGUCGCUUCCCGUUUACCAAUACAAGGAUGAAUUUUUGAACCUUUUACAGAAUCACCAGGUGAUUAUAAUAGUUGGAGAAACAGGAUCAGGUAAGACGACUCAAUUGCCUCAGUAUCUAUACGAAGGCGGCUACUCUCAAAACGAUACAAAAAUAAUAGGCUGUACCCAACCAAGAAGAAUAGCUGCCGUCUCAGUAGCUCAAAGGGUUGCUGAUGAAAUGGGGACAUCAUUGGGAGGCUCAAAGGGGAAAGUGGGGUACUCUAUACGAUUUGAUGAUAAUUGUUCGCCAUCAACUGUGAUUAAAUUCUCAACUGAUGGUAUGUUAUUAAGAGAGUUUUUGAAUGACCCAAGCUUAUCCAAUUAUGGAGUAAUAAUGAUUGAUGAAGCACAUGAACGUACACUAUCAACGGAAAUUUUAUUGAGUUUAUUGAAAGAUUUAGCGUUGCAAAGAAAAGACUUGAAGAUUGUGAUUGCUAGUGCUACAAUUAAAGCAUCGAAGUUUUCCAACUAUUUCAAUGGGGCUCCUAUUUUGAACAUACCGGGUAGACGGUUCCCAGUAAAGAUCCACUACACAAAACAACCUGAAGCCAAUUACCUACAAGCAGUGAUGACCACAAUUUUCCAAAUUCAUUUAACACAACCGUUGCCAGGGGAUAUUCUAGUGUUUUUAACAGGACAAGACGAAAUUGAAAGACUUGAAACACAAAUACAAGAAGCUAUAAUGAAAAUUGGUGACCAAUUGGAAGAAAGAAAGUUAUUGGUCUGUACAGUUUAUGCCAAUCUACCGAGUGAAUACCAGAGCAGGAUUUUUGAGCCGGCACCUAUCAAUACGAGAAAAGUUAUAUUGGCUACAAACAUCGCUGAAACAUCAAUCACAAUCGAAGGAGUAUCAUUUGUCAUUGAUCCUGGGUAUGUCAAGCAAAACGAAUUUAACCAUUUAACGGGAAUGGAGAGUCUAGUAGUUGUUCCCUGCUCCAAAGCCAAUUGUGACCAAAGAGCUGGACGUGCAGGAAGAGUUGGACCAGGAAAAUGUUUCCGAAUGUUUACAAAACACUCAUUUGACAAUGAAAUGGAAGAUUCCCAAAAACCCGAAAUUCAGCGCAUCAAUUUAAAUUCAGUCAUAUUGUUGUUGUUAUCACUUGGUGUCAAUGAUUUACUAAACUUUCAAUUUUUGGAUCCACCACCAAAGGAGAGCAUUAUGAAAUCAUUAAAUUUGUUAUACUCACUUGGAGCAAUUAAAUCGAGUGGUAAACUAUCCAAAAUUGGGUUUAAAAUGAACGAAUUUCCACUUGAUCCAGUAUUGACAAAAUGUAUUUUAAGUAGUGAGAAAUAUGGAGUCACCAGAGAAGUUUGCAUAAUCAUUGCCAUGUUGACAGAAUCGUCAAACUUAAAGUAUUUCCCAAAGCAGAUUGACCAAGAGGUAAUUAAAAAGAGACAUGGCCAAUUUGACGCCCCUGAAGGAGAUCAUUUGACAUUGUUGAACAUUUUCAAUCAAUGGCAAAUUUCCGGAUACUCAAAACACUGGUGUGAAGAUUACUUCUUGCAAUACAAGACUCUACAAAGAUCACGCCAUAUCUUUCAACAAGUGAUACGAAUUUGCAAAAAAAUUGGUGUCAAUGUCAACGCCGAGCUGACUGGGGAUGAUAAAUAUAACAUUGAAGACAAGCAAAGCCAAGAUGAAGGAAAAUCACCGUCGCAAUUCUACAUGUCUAUCCAAAAGCUGUUUAUUAGUGGCUUUUUCAACAAUGUAGUCAAGUUAUCACCUAUGGGGGAUUGCUAUCAACCAAUUUCAAAGUCAAGACAAAACAUUCCUUGUUUUGUCCAUCCGUCAUCAACCUUGUUCAAAAUUAAAAUGCAUAAGCCGAAGUACUUGAUAUACUAUGAGUUGGUGCUCACUAGUAAGGAGUAUAUGAGGAAUUGCUCUAUCUUGGAUGAGCUACUUGUGAAGAAGCUAUUAAGUGAUUUGUAA